UCAACGCUGUGAUUGCUCCAGCGCAGCAAGUUCUGCUGACGUCAUUCCACUUGCAUGAGGCAGCAGAAACCUGCCUCCUCUGUGGCAGUGCCUGUCCGCCAGCUGAUCAGGGUGCAGCCUCGUGCAGACAUGGAUGAGAUCGAGCCACAGCCUAUUGAAAGUCAUCUCAAUCCUGUGACUAGAGUCUCUAAAAAUUUUCCUUCCUCGCCCUCCUUCCAGCGCAACGACCUGACCAGCUGGAUCAAAGACCAUAUCCGCAAAAAGGAGUGUGUUUACUUCGUCAAAGGAGCUGGAGAGGGGGUUUGUAAGUGUGGCUACCUGAAGGAACUACACGCGGAGGAAGCCAUCAAAGCUGGCAAACGCACAGGAGAGACAUGGAAAAUAGAAGAGCAUGUGCAAGAGUUCCCCACUGAUGCUUUCGGGGAAAUCAGAUUUGGGGGCUCCAGUCAAAAACCGAGCAAGUAUGUCCGGGUGUCAGCAGACACCAAUCCUGAGGUUUUGUUUCAACUCUUGACUGAACAGUGGAAUCUUACUCCACCCAACCUACUGAUCUCAGUGACCGGUGGGGCGAAGAACUUCUAUUUGAGGUCUAGUCUGAAGAACAUGUUCCACAGAGGGCUCAUUAAAGUCACGCAAACCACAGGUGCGUGGAUAAUUACUGGUGGUACCCACGCUGGGGUCAUGAAGCAUGUUGGUCAGGCAGUGAAGAACUACUCUGUGGGCAACGAUGAAGUGGUGACCAUCGGCGUGGCAACAUGGGGAAUCGUACACAACAGAGAAGCCUUAGUGCGCUCUAAGGGUUGUUUUCCAGCACAUUACACGAUGGACGUUGCCAACCAGGGUCGCCUCUCCUGCUUGGACAACAACCACACCCACUUCCUGCUGGUGGACGAUGGAACUCAUGGCAGUUAUGGUGUGGAGAUUGAACUGCGCUCCCGUCUGGAGAAGUGCAUCUCCAGUAAACGUCUGGGUGUGAAAGGCAACAACACGACAGUUCCUGUGGUGUGUUUGAUUUUGGAUGGAGGACCAGGUACUUUAAAUACCAUCUACAACGCCAUGCUGAAUGACACUCCGUGUGUGAUCCUGGGGGGCUCGGGCAGAAUAGCAGAUGUCAUCGCACAUGUGGCUCAAAUGCCAGUGUCCAAGGUGACCAUGAGCCUCAUUCAUCAGCUGAUGAUUAAGUUCUUCUCCAAAGAGUCACAAGAUAUUUCAGAACAGCAGAUUAUCGAGUGGACUAAGAAGAUCCAGGACAUCAUCAGAAUGCCUCACCUGCUGACUGUGUUAAGAGGAAGUGAGCAAAAUCAUAGCGAUAUGGACGUGGCCAUCCUGCAAGCUCUGUUCAAAGCGUCGAGACACAAUGAGUCGCUGGGAACAAAAGUCUGGAAGCGACAGCUGGAGCUUGCCAUCGCAUGGAACAGAGUCGACAUCGCCAAGACAGAGAUCUUCACUGAAGAGAGCCAGUGGAAGUCGUCCGACCUCCACUCAGCCAUGGUGUCAGCCCUGGUGGGGAACAAACCUCAGUUUGUGAAUCUGUUGUUGGAGAACGGUCUGAGUCUGAGGGACUUCCUGGAGAAAGAGGACACACUGUCUAAUCUCUACAAACAGCUACCCAGUUGCUUCUUCCUGGCCAAGCUGGCCAAGCGAGUGCACAGCUCACAAUGCAGGAGGAGGAGACUGUUCAAGUCCCGCGUCUGCUCAAAGCUAGGUGAAGGGAUAGCCUUGAGUCACGUGUCUGCAGAGGUGCGCCACCUGUUGGGCACUUACACACAGCCACUCUAUCCAUUACCCAGCAAGCAGUUCAAUUUGUCCAUGACAGAAACACCAUCUCUUUCCAGAAGUCAGUCAGGAACUCGUCUGCUGGUGGAGGAGGACACUCCGGCACCAUGUGAUCCGGCCAGAGAUCUAUUCCUGUGGGCCGUCGUCCAGUCCAACAAGGAGCUGGCUGAGAUCGCUUGGGAGCAGUGCAGAGACUGCAUAUGCGCCGCUCUGGCUGCCAGUAAGAUCUUGAAGAAAAUGUCAAUAGAAGGAAGUGAUGCUGACGAGGCGGAGGACAUGAGGCUGCUGGCCAGACACUAUGAGCAACAUGCCAUCGGUGUGUUCACUCAGUGUUACAACAGUGACCAGGAACAUGCUAAGAAGCUGUUGGUGCGUGUCUCUCCAUUUUGGGGCAGAACUACUUGCCUGCGUCUCGCUCUGCGGGCGGAUAAUAAAAACUUUGUGGCUCUGACAGGAGUUCAGGCUCAUCUGACUCAGAUCUGGUGUGGAGAACUGUCUGUGGACAAUCCUGUGUGGAGAGUUUUCAUCUGCAUGAUCUUCUUCCCACUCGUAUACACCGGCUUCCUGGCGUAUCGACGUGAUGAAAUAAUCCAGAAAGAGUUGAGGAAAAAUAAGCAGCUGAAGACAAUGAAGUCAGUUACAGGAAGUGUUUUUGUGAAGAAGUCGCAUGAUCUCGAGCCCACCGGCACACCUUCGUUGGGUUGCUGGUCCAGACUGGUGGGCUUGUACGAUUCCCCUCAAGUCAAGUUCUACUGGAGCAUCGUGUCUUAUUUUGCCUUCCUCUUCCUGUUCUCUGUGGUGCUGAUGAUGGACUUCCAGGACACACCCUCAACUGCAGAGCUUCUGUUGUAUGUCUGGCUGCUGUCCCUGCUCUGUGAGGAGGUCAGACAGAUGUUUUACGACCCAGAUGGAUUUGGGUUUCAUAGGAAAGUCAGGAUGUAUAUCAAUGAUGCUUGGAACAUUCUAGAUGUUUUGUCCAUCGUCCUUUUCUUCCUUGGCCUGGCAUUCCGUCUGACCACAGUGCUCUUCUACGCCGGCAAGAUCAUCCUCUGUAUCGACUUUGUGGUCUUCUGCCUCCGUCUCAUGGCCAUCUUCACCAUCAGCAAAACCCUUGGACCAAAGAUCAUCAUUGUCAAGAAAAUGAUGAUGGACAUGUUCUUCUUCAUGUUCCUGCUGAGUAUCUGGGUGGUGGCCUAUGGUGUCGCCAAGCAAGGAGUCCUCAUCCACAAUGACAAUCGACUGGACUGGAUUCUGAGGGGAGCAGUUUAUGAGCCGUACCUCAUCAUAUUUGGGAACUUCCCCACGAACAUUGACUAUGCUGAAUUCAAUAUAGAUUCCUGUAGCAUGAAUGGGACUGAUCCUCUGAAACCAAAGUGCCCAGUGCUGACUGAAGACCAGACGCCCGCUUUCCCUGAGUGGCUGACCAUCAUCAUGUUGUGUGUUUACUUGCUCUUUGCCAACAUCCUGCUCCUCAAUUUGCUCAUAGCCAUCUUCAACUUCACGUUUGAGGAAGUUCAAGACAACACAGACAGAAUAUGGAAGUUCCAAAGAUACGAGCUGAUAAAAGAAUACCACAGCCGCCCUGCUGCUCCUCCUCCCUUCAUCAUCCUCAGCCACAUCUACCUCUUUAUCAGGGGCGUGAUUCUGCACAAGCCCUGCAUUCAAGCCAAGGACUUCAAAGACGAGCUUCAUCAAAUUGAGGAGGAGGAGCUGCUGAACUGGGAGUGCCUGAUGAAGGACAGAUACCUACUGUCUUCCCAGCAGCAGCAGCGUCAGACUGUUGAGCAGCGCGUGGAGGAUACAGCGCUGAGGGUGACGGCAAUAAGUGAGUGGCUGGAGAGAGAAGACACAAGACUGGCCAGACUAGAGGAGCAGUUUGUUCAGUCUACAGUUGCUCUGCAGGACAUCCUGGAGACUCUGAGGUCUUCAGGGUUUCGAGCCAAAGAGCCUCAGGAACAGGCACCACCAAUGGCAACCUGGUCCUCCCAAAGUAUCCAUGAUGGACCAGACUCAGCCAUUGUCCAUGUGAAAGCUCGCCAGCUUCACUACCCAAACUCCAAAAUGAGACGCUUCCCUGUGCCUGAGGAGAAGGUCCCAUGGGAGGUCAGCUUCAGCUCUUACAUGCCGACUGAUUUCACACCUGAGGAGAGUGGAGACGUGGUGGACAGAUCUGCAAAUGAGCUCCUGGAUAAGUACAGAAACCCAGGGGGAAGGACAGGCAUUAAAGGAAGAGGUGCUUUAAGCUGUUUGGGCCCGAAUCUUUGCACUGAUGUUGUCGUAACACGCUGGAGAGAUGGUGAGCUGUCUGUUCUGGAGUUUCUGGGAAUUCAGGAUGACAUCCGGAGGACCUUGGAACUCCCUGGAGGACCGGUCCUGUCACCUGAUCAACUGCCGGAGCGCUUGAAGAGAAGCAUGGGGAUUCCACUGUAUGAGAAAGUCAACCAGAAAUUAUCGACAGCAGCAAAGGUGUUCGAAAGCUAUGUUGACGACAGUAGGAACACAGAUAAUGCCUGGGUGGAGAGCGUCAUCCUGAACCUUCACCUGGACUGGUCCGCUGUAGAAGAUGUUGAAAUCAUGAACAUGAUUGCAGACAGCAAUGGCUCCCUCAAGUGGAAGGACAUCAGCAGCAAAACUGGACUCAGAUCAAACCAGAGUGAUGCUCUUCAGAGGGUUGCAGAGAGACACAACAAGAAAUGUUGAUCUUCAUCAGGUUUUUAUGCGAUGCAGCCUCGUAGUUCAAAUGAGGACAUCAAUACCUGAUAUUGAUGCCAAAGUAAUGCACUGUUCUGUAUAACUGUGUUUGAAAAUGAUCCCACUGCUAAUAUUGCCAAAAAUGACUGAACUCACUCAGAGGUUAAGGUGACAAUACUCUCAUCAUCACAAAGAAAUUCAUCAUAACCGAAAGGACUGACUGUGAGUUGAGCAUUUAUCAUUUUCUUGACAGUGUUUGGCUUCAUUUCUCUUAUGCUGGACAUGAUGUAUAAUCUGUUUGUUGGUGACCUCGUCGGCUGGCUGUUAGUCCACUAAACUACAUUGUAAGUGCUUUAAUCAAACCUUGAAAUCUACCAGCCAUUGGAGCAAAUGCUGUGAUUUGUGAGAUAUACAUAUUAAAGUAAUGUUCACUUAUAACCAUCAAAUGUCACCCUAAAUUCUAGGGCGUAGUGUUCAACAUCCGUUGAUUCUUACAACGGUGGGUUGAGGCGUUCACUUCAGUUUUAGCAGUAGUUAUACACCUGGCUGUGUGUCGCACUGGUGGCUCUUUGAGCAGCCUAUUUCAGGGUCCUUCCUCUCCCGCCAAUGGCUGCCUCUAACGGAGAAGCUGCAAGUUCCUUGACAAUCCUAUGCUGAGCCUGACCUCUGAUUCCAACUCUGUACCCUUACUGCAGCACGAGCUACGACGCCUCUACCAGAACACUUAACUUGUUUGCUUUGAUCCUUCAGUAGUUUUUUCCUUUCAUCAACGUUUCUUCCCAAGGGACUGUCAGUGCCAUGAUGAAAACUUGGCUGCACGAUUCUGCAGUCGGUUGCUGCAAUGUCAGGUGAAUUGUGAGGAUCUGGCUAAAGUCUCUUGUAUUUCAGACACCGGCUGCCAUUAGUGGGCACGAGUUUGGAGGUGCUUCUUUGUCUGGGUUUGAAACCUUUGAGAUGAAAUGCUUUUAAAAUUCACCGAAAUCGAUGACUAGAUGGAAACAAACAAUUCAUAUAAAAAGGAAAACUCCUUCAUAGCAUUUCUUCAUAGCCAUGUGUUGAUUCAAUAUCUGCAAACAAAAUAAAGUUUUUAAAAUAAACGCAUGAAGAAGAGUGAAAGCAUCUCAUAAAUUAAAAGUAAAAAUCAGUGACCUAGGAACUAAAGAUAUAAGCAACAGAUUGCAGUUGUAAGGUCAUGGUUCGUGGCAAAUGCUGACUGUUGUCGAUCAAUGUGGUCACCUAAAUGCCUGAAGUGUCUUAGCCCGAAGCUCGUGAAGCACACGACUCAACCACAACAGAGUGAUCGGGAGUCCAAGGUCAACGGCACAUGGUCUGCAAAAAUGUCCUAAUCACAGGCAAAAAGUGCUGACAAUACCAGCACAGCACUUGGGGCCAGGCAGAUGUUUCCGGACUUGAGUGAGGCAGAAAGACAAGGUUCAAGGUUCACAGACAAGAUCCUGAAUUCUGCCAGACUAACUAAGGUACACUGGAUAACUAGGCUAGAUAAGUGUGAUUGAGUAUUGUAGUAGUUAGUGUUAGUGUAUGGCAACAAAGGAAUCAUUGAUAAGACACUCGUGAAAGGAUGGUGUGAAGGCGGGGGAUGGGAUUGGAGGCGUGGUAAAAUAUGAUAAAACUCUGACAUGGACAUAAAUCUGUGUGCGCAUGCCCAUAAAGAGGCGUGAGAAACCUUAGUCUUGAACAUUGACCCUACUUCCUGAAUGAUAUAAAUAACCUUCUCAUAUGUUGUGCCGGAGUCACGUGCUUGCAUUCUACACUAAUUCUGCUGUGCAACUUUAGAUGGGCAUUUGGACAGCGACAUGCCGGAAACAAUAGGUGAGUUUGGAAUAGCUUUGUUAAACAUCUGUCUUGAAAGCACCAAAGCUCAAGAUAAAAAUGGAGAACUUCAUCAUGUAUGCAUUUUGAAAAUGUUGAAAUAUUUCUGUCUGUAUUUUUGUCUGUAUUUUUCUUCUGUUUAAGCUGCUGCAAUAUUUUAAAAAGUGAGUCAAGUAUAAUACCUUGAUCAUACAGAAUAAUGUACCUAGUCCUGGAAAUUUUUACAACAAUGUGAUUCCCUACUGCCUGUCUGAGAUAAUACUUUAACAGUAAU